AUGCCUCUGACUAACAGGAUUGUAAAGUUGGUCAAACAUUCCGCCAAGCUAAAUGCCAUGGCUGAACGCAUCCCAAUAAGUGGGGCGAACGCCCUCCAGUCGGGCAUCGAUCUACUCCAGACUGGAAACGUGGUUGCGGUGCCCACAGACACUCUUUACGGCCUGGCAUGCGAUGCCACAAACAUGGAAGCCAUCCACAAAAUGUACAGCAUCAAAUGCCGGAACGAAAGCAAACCAGUUGCCAUCUGCUUUGGCCAAAUUCCGGACAUCAAAUGCUGGACGUGCACCGAUCACCUGCCUUCGAAGCUGUUGAGCACCUUGCUGCCCGGGCCAGUUACUCUAAUUUUGAACAGUGUGAGCAAAGUGGACAAGUACCUUUGCCACCAGGGCAAAAUCGGAGUACGCAUUCCCAACUACAAUUUCAUAAGGAACCUGGCUGUAGGCCUAGGGAGGCCCCUGGCCCUAACCAGUGCGAAUCUAAGUAACGAACCCAGUGCAGUGACUUGUACAGAGUUUAAGGCGAUUUGGGGCAAACUUCCGGCAGUUUUCGAUGGGGGCACUACACAUAGCAGUAGAGAAGGUUCCACUGUUAUUGACUUGUCGGAAAAGGGGCUCUAUCGCAUUGUGAGACCUGGGGUUGCUUUUAAGGACAGCAUUGAUGUGUUGGAACGGUUCAAUCUUAAGGCUAAAUAUAGCUGAGACUUAUUGACUGUGGCUAACUGUGAACAUUUGUUCUUGGUGGAUUUAUCGUGACAAUUUCAACGAGUUUGGUGUUUCCAAUCCUGUUCACUUGUUCAGCCCAAUUUUUAAUAUACUUCAGUUGCUGAA